GUCGCCACCAGCCCCGAGAACAUGAUUCCAGUCGACUCGAUGGUCUGCGGAGUCCUGCUUUCAUUGCUGACACUGUUUAUGCUGGCCGUGAACGGACGGGUUAUUCUAGCGUUCAUUUUGGACAAGAAGCUCCGGUACCCUAGUAACCUACUCGUACUGAAUCUGUCGGUGUCGGACUUCUUGUUCGGUCUGCUGUCUCUCCCGUUCCUGACUGUGAACCAGGUGACGGGCCGGUGGGUCUUCGGCCAGACCGCCUGCUCUCUGUGGCAGUUCGUCACCCUGUGGAUGAGGUGUGAGUCUGCCUUCACCUUGGCGCUGGUCAGCUUCGACCGCUACCUGAUGGUGAAGCGGGCGGCGCAGUACCGCCGGAAGACCCGCCGAACAAGCACGUUUGUCCUGCUAGCGAGCAGCUGGGUGCUGUCCUUGGUGCUGACGGGACCUGCCGUACUCGUGUGGGACGUCCUCCUGGCCAAGGGUGUUGUGUGGGAGGAGAGAUGUCUGACAGACUUUGUGUUGGAGGCUCCGGCCUACAACAUGUUUCUCCACAUCCUGAUGUUGCUGGGACCCAGCGCGAUCAUGACGUUCUGCUACGUACAGGUCGUGCGCGACCUCAAGAAGCGGGCCAAGCGCCGCGCUCUGAACAAGUCGCCGCUGCCGGUCCGAGUCGGGCGGUUUGAAGACAAACAUGCGACAAAAAGGACUUUAAGUAUGGAGUUUAAAGUGUCUCGGACGGUAGGACUUCUGAUAUUUGUGUAUAUCAUAACUUGUGCCCCCUUGAGCAUAGUGACAGUUGUGAUGGGGAUUUUUAAAAAUUUCGUCACGUCUUCACUGUACAAAAUCCUGUUCGUCGUCAUGGCAACCAGCGGGGCAGCCAAUCCGGUGAUCUAUGCGUAUCGUAGUCCACCAAUCAGAGAGCAUCUUUUGAGUGUGCCAUGUAGAAGACGUGCAUAUAACAGCACAAAGUAA